CUAGAUCUAUCUAGAUUUAGUUCAUGAUAUCUCAUGAUCUCUAGACAUUUAGAAUAAUCUAGAUAUGUAGAUCUAGAUCUAUCAUCUAUAUAAAUCUAGUUUACUAAGUCUAUAUACCUAGAUGUACAUGCAUAGGAAAUAAUCCAGUAGGAUUUAGUCUAUCAAAAUCAAGUCUAUGUGGUAGAUCUAGUAGCCACAUGAGAAAGUCAAGUCAAGUGUGCUCUGAGUCUGAGAUGAACCAUAGCCAUAGUCGUUCUACGACUGAAGGAGGCCAAUGAAUGAAUGAUGAUGAAUGAAUUGAUACUAAAUCAGUGAUGCCCAAAGUACGGCCCGGCCCGCGACGUGGUUCCAUCCGGCCCGCCGAAACGUCGGCACAAAAAAUAUUGUAAUUCUACAAUGGCUUGUGAAGAAUUUCCUAAUAAUUUCGAUGUAGUAGUUUUGGGAACAGGCUUAACAGAGACAAUAGCUGCAGCAGCUUUCUCUCGAAUAGGGUUAAAAGUUUUGCACCUUGACAGGAAUGAUUACUAUGGUGGAGCUUACAGCAAUUUUAAUUUAGAUGGAAUUGAGGAUUGGAGAAAAGCUAAUGAGACCAGAAACAGGGACUGUAAUGAAGAUGAAGAGAUUCCUGACAAAGUUAAGGAUCUACUUCAAAAUGGAGAAACUGUGAUUAGUUUAAACAGAGAUAACAAAACAGCAUUCAAUAUCCAGGCAAGGUUUCAUGUCAGGGAGAGAACGACUGAAGAACAAGCUAAAGCAGAUCUCAAGUUCAACACUUUUAAAUUCCCCUCUUUAAAUGAACCAAAUCCUACAAGUGAUAUCAGUCAAGAAGAGGAAGAAAAGAAAGAAGAUGCUGAACAAUCUGAGUCACCUUCAACUGAUUCUGGAGUCAGCAGUUGUACUGAGAAACUGAAUGAGAGGUUAAGCUUGACCACUACUUCUGACAAUACAGCUGAGGUGUGUGAAAUAAAAGAUUUCAGCCAACCAGAGCCUCCCAAGAGUUAUUGUGAGGAUUCUCAUGCAGCACAAGUGGAAAAUCCUCCAAAACGUAGUGAAUGGACAGUGGGAGAUAUUAAAGAUGACUGGAGAAGAUAUUGUCUAGAUAUUUCACCAAAGAUUCUCUAUUGCUGUGGUGAUCUAGUAGAUUUACUCAUACAAUCUGAUGUUGCAAGAUACUGUGAAUUUAGAAGUGUUAGUAGAGUUCUGACAGUUUUAAACAAUCUUUUGCUGCAGGUUCCAUGCUCUAGGGCUGAUGUAUUUAGCAGUAAGGCUGUAUCUUUAAUUGAGAAAAGGUUGAUGAUGAAGUUUUUACAGUUUGCUAUAGAUUAUGAAUCUAGCCCUCAAGAAUAUCAAAAUUAUUUAGACAAACCUUUUAUUGAAUUUUUAAAAUCUAAGAAAUUGACACCAAAUAUCCAACAUUAUAUACAACAUGCAAUUGCUAUGGUAACAGACUCAGAACUCACACAAGUGGGCUUGACAAAGACCAAAAAAUUUAUCCAGUCAUUAGGUAGAUAUGGAAACACUGCAUUUUUGUUUCCAUUGUAUGGCACAGGUGAACUGCCUCAAGCUUUUUCAAGGUUGUCUGCUGUGUUUGGUGGUAUUUAUUGCCUGGCUACAACUGCUACACAUCUUAUUGCUGAUUCAGAUAGAAAAUGCUGUGGUAUUAUAACUUCUAAAGGACAGAGAAUCAGCUGCAGAUAUGUCAUAGCUGAAUGUUCUUACCUCCCUCCUUCAUUGGUUUUGAAACUUAAUAAAAGAAUGCUCUCUCGAGCAGUUUAUAUUACUGAUAACUCACUCCUGCCAACUGGGGACUCAGAGCUUUCUUUGCUUCAUUAUGUAAGUCCUAAAGAUUCAGAGAAACCAGUGACAGUCUUAGAGCUUCCUUCAUCAGCUUGUGUCUGCCCUAAAAACACAUUUAUCAUUCACCUGACAACAAUCAGCAAUCAUAAUGACCCAUCAGAAGACUUCAAUGAUGUGAGAGAAACAUUGUUUGCAAAUGAAGUAUCAGUCCAGAAUGAAGCUACAGUCAAGCCCAAAAUACUAUGGUCCAUCUAUUUUAAUCAGGAAGACAAUAGCAAAGUGAAGCUUACUGAGGAUGCUGUCACCAAUGUGUUGGUUGCUUCUGGUGGUGGGGACCCAGGUGUUGACUUGGACUGGUGCGUGGCAGAGGCCAAAGUGAUAUUUCACACUGUCUGCCCUACAGAGGAAUUCCUCCCUAAACCACCAAACCCUGAAGAUAUCAUUCUUGUGGAUGAUGCUGAGGCAUCUACCAGUCAAGGGACAUCAGAAUACCAAGUGAAAAAUGAAGAAGAAAUAAGUGAGAUUCAGGAAACAGUGUCAACAGACUCAGUCCAGGAGGCUGUUUAAAUACUAGAAGAAAACUGACUUUUUUUAAUCUUUUGAUUAUUUUAUAAACAUGUUGGACAAUUAUAUGUUAUGAAUAUUUUAUUUUCACAAUAUCUAUUAAUAGGUAUUGAAAUUUUUUUUUUUCAUGAAAAUGAUAGAGUGUGAUAUGUCUUUAUUUGAACUUAUUCUCUUAUCAGUGUAAUAUUUAAACUUCAAUGCUGGUGUAGAAAUGUAAUGACAUUAAUUUGUGUCCUUAUUGUUUAGAAUUAAAAUUGUGUGCAAUAUUAAAUGCAAAUCAGGAAUAAUGUUUUUAAAUAAAUGUCCAUGAUUGUCUUAUUUUUUGGGCUUGAAUGAGAACUGCUUAUGUGUUCAUAACAAAAUGUCUAAAGCCUUCGAACUUGCGCACUUAAAACACAACUUAGAAAUAACAGUAGGGAAUGAAUAUAUUUUAUUAUUUCUCUAUUUACAUAUCCAAGCUACUCUUAUCAUUUUACACAUUUACGUUCAGCCAACAUACUAGCUUAAAUUAAACUGGAGUGAUCAUAUUGCAAGGCUUCUAUACAAUACUAACAACACUGCCUGCAUCACAUCAUUCUCUAUCUUCAGCCUCUCAUGAAUGGUUAGUGAUUAGACAUACAAUAGUUUAUGAUUAUAUACAGCAGUAAACUGGUAAAACAUUUGUUUGUAGCCAUCAUGCUUAAAAAGAGACAGUUCAAAGUUAGAAACUAGUUUACUAAGAAUAUCUAUCUACAAAAUUCUAAUGUUGCUAUAAAAGUAAUAAAAUGUUGACAAGCAAAAAAAAGGAUCUUAAGUAAUUUUUGUGCAGGAUAUAACUGUAGCACAAUAAUUAACUUAAAAGAAGACACCAUUUAGAAAUCUUGAUAGAAAAAUGUUAUUGUAGUGUAAGUAUUCUUAAUGUAAAACAGUACUUGAAGGAAACAUUUUAAAUGUACCAAAAUUGGCAACUUAAUGUAGACAAUACUUGACAUAAAACUUAUUGUAGUUUUUUAUAUAAGUGCAAAAAUUGCAAAGCUAAAAAGGUCUUUUUGAUAUAUAUAUAUAUACCGGUAUAUAUAAGCAAUAUAUAUAUAUAAAACACAUAUAUAUAUAUAUUAGCAAAAGCUAGAUGACAACUUUCCUAAUCAUAAAGCCACAAAACUAUACAGUUAUACAUCAUUUGUAACUAUUGAAACUUCAUGGGAUCACAUGCUUCUAAUUCUAUAUUCUCACUUUACUUUCUUACUCUGUGAGAGAUUUCUUAUGUGUCUGAAAACCUCUUGAACUGGCAUACAUGUUUGAUACAGCAUUACAGACUGAUGCAGCAGGAUGUGGUUAUCUAUAGUGAAUCUUUUGUACAUUCAGUGUUAAAUUGUUGCCAAUUGCACAGUAUUGGCUGUUAUUUGUUGGACAUUAAAGUGUUGCAUUGUUUUUGA